UAUCUAGGAAGGCCCAAAUUUAGCCAACUGAUGAGAAUCACCUUUGUCUCUAAAGAUGUGGAUUCCAACCUAUAUAAACAGCCAUUGUCCCCUCCCAUUCACUCCACUGCAGAAGCUUCUGCCUCUCCACAAAUCUUCCAUCUCAAUUUACUCUGUUUACUUGCCAUACUUUGCUGUUCAUAUUCUUUGCAAGGAGCUAUAAUAAAUAAAGAUGUCUGGAGUUUGGAAGUUCAAAAAUGGGGUGGUGAGGCUGGUGGAGAAUCCUGCAAACGAGCAAUCCUCAACAAUGAAACGCAAAGCUCUGCUUCACGUUCCCACAAACGAAGUAAUAAGCUCCUACACUUCGCUUGAGCGCAAGCUCAUCAGCCUUGGUUGGGAACGCUACUAUGAAGAUCCUGACCUCCUCCAAUUCCACAAGCGCUCCUCCAUCGAUUUAAUAUCUCUUCCUCGUGAGUUCAGCCGCUUCAAAUCGAUGCAUAUGUAUGAUAUUGUCCUAAAGAAUCGUGAUUGGUUUCGAGUGAUUGAUGUAUAGGUUAUGUGUGCAGUAUGAAUCAGAGGAGUACAUAUCGUUUCUUUGUUGAUGCUGAUUGUUAUCUAUAUUACUGGUGCUUUCUUUGUUUGUGCUAUUUGAUUCCAUCAUGAUUGUGCAUGCUUAUCAGUUUUUCAAACAUGUAGUUUAUAUAUGUUGUGUUUGUGGUUUUAUUUUAUUAUUUUGCCAGUUCGGUUAGUAUGUUGGGGAUUGGAGAUAGAGAUGCAUGUAUCUCGUGUUUGUAACUUGUGCUUUCAUCU